GACAAACUUCCUUUUGACGGGGAGAGUCAGGAAAUACCCUUCAUCUCCGCCCCUAGGGCGGAGUCUGGCCCCGGGUGGUAAGAAUGAAUGCUUUAGUGAGACGCUGCGUGGCUCGGGCGGGCAUUCCCUGUCUUUGGAGGGGGAAAGGCUUCAGCUCCGGGAAUGACUCGAAAGAAAGCAAUCGGGUGACACCGAUGCAGCGGCAUCUUAUGUACAAAAUAAAGUCUACAGGUCCCAUCACUGUGGCCGAGUACAUGAAGGAGGUCUUAACCAACCCAGUGAAGGGAUAUUACAUGCAUCACGAUAUGCUAGGAGAAAAAGGAGACUUCAUUACGUCACCUGAACUAAGUCAAAUCUUUGGGGAGCUAAUAGGGAUAUGGUUUGUUAGUGAAUGGAUGACCUCUGGAAAAAAUACAGCUUUCCAGCUGGUAGAGCUGGGUCCAGGCCGGGGCACCCUCAUGGGAGACAUUUUGAGGGUGUUCAGUCAGCUUGAGUCUGUGCUAAAAAACUGUGACUUUUCAAUACACCUAGUAGAGGUGAGCCAAAAGUUAAGUGAAAUCCAAGCAUUGACAUUGACUGAGGAGAAAGUCCCUUUGGAGACAGAUGCUGAAUCCCUGGUGUACAUGAAAGCUGUCACUAAGUCUGGGAUUCCAAUCUCCUGGUACCGAGACCUGAAGGAUGUUCCUAAAGGAUACAGCUUUUAUCUCGCACAUGAGUUUUUUGAUGUUCUUCCUGUGCAUAAAUUUCAGAAAACAGCAAAGGGAUGGAGAGAAGUGUUUGUUGAUAUUGACCCACAAGUUCCUGAUAAGCUGAGGUUCGUCUUGGCACCUGGUGCGACUCCAGCAGAAGCCUUUAUACAACAUGAUGAAAAAAGGGACCAUGUGGAAGUAUGUCCUGAAGCAGGGGUCAUCAUCCAGGAGCUUUCUCAGCGCAUUGCACUAAAUGGAGGUGCUGCUCUGAUUGUCGAUUACGGUCACGACGGAACAAAGACAGAUACCUUCCGAGGGUUUUGUGGACACCAGCUUCAUGAUGUUUUGAUUGCUCCUGGGACAGCAGACCUGACAGCUGAUGUGGAUUUCAGCUUCCUGCGCAGAAUGGCACAAGGAAAAGUAGCCUCUGUAGGUCCAGUACAACAACGGACAUUUUUAAAAAACAUGGGCAUUGAUGUCCGGUUGAAGGUUCUUUUGGAUAAAGUGGACGACCCAUCCGUGAAGCAGCAGUUACUUCAAGGGUAUGAUAUGUUAAUGAGUCCUCAGAAGAUGGGGGAAAGAUUUAACUUCUUUGCCUUGCUACCUCAUCAGAGACUUCAUGGUGGAAGUCAAGAAGGGAAUGCCUGUCAGUCAAAAACCCCUGCAUCAUCUGUACCUGGGUUUGGUGAACUUGUUUGGCAGUGAUAUUUCAGCCUGGACUUUUUAUUCCUCAGUAUGCUUUAAGAAAUCAAAAUAAAAGAAACUCAAUUUGUAUAUUGAAAUAACUGUUCAAACUAUCACUUUUCAGCCAAUAAAAAGAUCCUGUUUUCUAUAAAUACAA